AUGCCUGAAACCCUUGAAACCCCCCUGAUCAACGGCGGAAGAGAGCCGAAGAGAAGGAAGCUCCGAAAGGGCACACUGAGCUGCUGGGAGUGCAAGCGGCGGAAGAUUAAGUGCGUCUUUGAAUCUUCCAACAGCCCAUUUUGCGUUGGGUGCAAAGACCGCGGAACUCGUUGCGUCAGUCAGGAGUUUCCUGAAGACUAUACGAAUCGGAAACCACAGCCGGGUACGAGGAUCGACCAAGUUGAGGAUCCGUUCGUUCAACUACCAAGGAACACGAACAAAGACAACAGCAAUCCUCAGGCCAGACAUUUAAUUGUGGAAUCUCGGGUAAACGGCCAAAAGACCCUUGGCGUGCAUGGCUACGAGAAUGAGGAACGUCCGCGCUUGUUGCUUCCGAAACCUCCCCUUGAUUCCUCUUCAGCUCAGAAUUUUCGUGGCCCUAGGUCUAUCGAGCUAUUUAGUAGUCUUUUGGCGGCAUGGCCUAGUCAGCAAGACCUCGAUAUCAUUCUGAGUGCGUCAGUCGGAAUCUCGGGGCUUUCUCACGGUGUGGUUUUUGAAUCCUAUUCGCAAUACAUGGAGCAUCUACCAUCGCCACAAAAGCUUCUUCAACUGCCACCGCCAGGAUCACAUCCUGUGCUGAUUGCACGAAAACUUCUUAUCCUCAGCGCGUUUUUGCAAAACCUUCCGCCGGUCGCCUCACAAAAGCUCGUCGGCCUCAGCACGAGUUCAGAAGGCAUCCAGUCUCGUGCGAUCGAGGCGUCUAUCCGACUGGUAACUAGCAAUGACGAACUUUUAGGCUCCGUAGAAGGCAUCGAGUGUCUUGUGAUGGAGAGCUUGUACCACAACAAUGGCGGCAACCUCCGCCGAGCAUACUUAACCAUUCGCCGUGCGCUUACGAUUGCCCAGAUGAUCGGUCUCGAUCGAGGCACCAACUGCCCGCUGCUGAAAUUCCUUGACCAAGAAACAAAGAGGCGCAUCAGCCCAGAACACAUGUGGUUCCGCAUAUUGCAGACAGACGGUUACCUCUCGCUUAUGCUCGGUCUUCCACAAGGCUCAACUGACGACAGAUUCGCUGCGCCGGAAACCUUGGACGGAUGCCAACCCCUCGAGCGCCUCGAGCGUAUUCUAACUCUCGCAGGCGGGCGCAUCGUACGCCGCAACCGAUUAGGCUUAUAUGAACGCAAGGAGACACAAGAAAUUGAAAGCCUCCUCCUGCAAGGCACCAACUCGAUGCCCCCUCAAUGGUGGCUGGCCCCGGACAUCCCCAAGGCGGGUGAUGAUGAGGCGGUCCUUCGCGAGACCACGCGCCUAAUGAACCAGUUCGCGCAUUAUCACCUUUUGCAGCGACUACAUUUACCCUAUGUUUUACACCCAGCCGCCGGCCAGUCCUAUACUUACAGCAGAAUCACAGCCAUGACGGCAAGUCGUGAAGUGCUUUCACGUUUCAUUUCAUUCCGUACCUCUCAGCCUGGCGCAGCCUUUUUCUGCCGCGGUAUCGAUUUCCUCGCAUUCACUGCUAGCACAACUCUGUGUAUCGGUCAUAUUUACGCUCAGCUCCCCCAACGGGGCCCCCGCAGUGACGGUAGCUGCGACGACACGGCCGCACUAAGCCUUGCCCUCCAACGCCCUGCCGAUCGAGGGAUGAUGGAGCGCGUACUCGAGAGAUUGGAGGAGUUGGAAAAAACCAACCCUACUGAUUUUAUAGCCAACAAUAUUUCCAACAUUCUACGGCCUCUGUUGGCCAUUGAAGCGGACGUCGCCAAUGGGGGAAGCUACAAGACAGAAUCAUUUGACAUGGUUGGAGGUGAAGAGCUCGAAUGCUGCGGUGAGGUCAGCGAUGGCGGUUCCGUGCUACAGAUCUACAUCCCACACUUUGGAACCAUAAAGAUCGAACGGCAUGGUAUCUCCAAAGCCGAAUCACAUGCACCCGCAGAGUCGGGAGAGACAAUGCCAACUACAGCCAACGAGCGAGGUGCUUUGUCGCCAGGAGGCUACAAUAGUGCCUUUGAUUUUAUUGGUGAAGACGUGGCGAGCACGCAGUGGCUAACUUCAGACGAUGACUGGGCCUUGCAAGGCGUAGAUCUAGCGUUCUUUGAUAAUCUCUUCUCAGGGAUUGGCGAAACUCAAUGA